CCACGCAUCAACACGGUUCACGGUCAAGGCGAAUAUAUGAAAUGACAAUCAACGCCACAUAGCACCAUAGCACCCGAUCACAAAGAGUUGUACGCUACCAUGGCGGAGCCAGAGGAAUCGACAAAUGCCCAGUUUCUGGCAUGGGUUAAAGAAUGGCUCGACGUUGCUCGAGAGCGCAACUCUAAAGGCGUCACAACAUACAAGAAUGCCUACGACUCUCUGAAGGCGUGUCCCAUGACAUUUGAACAUCCUAGCGAACUUCAACAGCUGCGAGGAUUUGGGCCGAAACUGUGCGAAAGACUGGAAGAAAAACUGAAAAAGCACUGCGAAGAGAAUGGACUAUCUAUGCCAGAACAUCCCCAAGUACGGCGCGCACGCAAUGCGCCAGAGGCUACAGCAGAAGACUCGAGCAAACCAAAACGAAAGCCGCGCCAGCCCAAGUCAUACGUUCCGACAUAUCGUUCUGGAGCAUUUGCAUUGAUAGUUGGACUUUCCUGCUUGCCAGAAGACUCGUUGAAUGGCAUGACAAAGGCAGAACUUAUUGAGGCAGCUCAACCAAACUGCGAUUCAUCGUUCACCGCACCGAGUGACCCAACAAAAUUUUAUACUGCUUGGAGCUCAAUGAAAACUUUGUUGCAAAAGGAAUUGAUUUAUGAACAUGGUCGCCCACUUAGACGAUAUGCCUUAACAGACGAAGGCUGGGAUGUUGCAAAACGUAUCAAAGACACAACAGAAAAGUCUGGCCGAUCUAUUAGCGCAGCCAAUAUGCCAGCGUUACCAACUACAGGAGGCGAUGGAAGCAGUUUCGCCGCUGAAGAACAGACCAGCAACAGGGUUGAUGUCGUCGCAGAUGGUGAAGCAGUUACAGAUCCGGACGGUCUUCCUCAGUUUACACCAAUAGUAAUACCGCCAGGAGAAUUCACUGUGGAAUUAUUAUUAGACGUGCGAGAGGUCCGUGCGAAAAAGGAUAGGGACUAUAUGCAAGAGGAAUUAUCAAAACAAGGCGUCGAUCCCAUCAUGCGGAGUCUCGAAGUUGGAGAUGCUCAGUGGGUAGCUCGGUGCAAGAACCCAACCUAUCUCGCAGAUCACGGAGCAGAGGGAGAGGAGGUUGUGUUAGACUGGAUCGUGGAGCGAAAACGACUCGACGAUCUGAUUGGGAGUAUCAAAGAUGGCCGCUUCCAUGAGCAAAAAUUUCGUCUCAAACGAUCUGGUAUUCAAAACGUCAUAUAUAUCAUUGAAGAAAUCACAAUGGACUCCGCCACACACUCUCGAUAUGAGGAGUCUGUUCAAACUGCCAUAGCCUCGACUCAGGUUGUCAACGGCUAUUUCGUUAAGCGAACGCUAAAGAUGGAUGACACCAUCAAGUAUCUCACACGAAUUACAAAGAUGCUGAAACGAAAGUAUGAAGGUCAAUCGCUACAUGUUAUUCCAACAAGUGUGCUUACCGCCCAAAACUACAUACCAUUGUUGGAGCAUUUGAGAGAGCAUAAACCAACUAUUAGUCAUUAUGUGACUUAUCCCGCAUUUUCUUCCUUGGCCUCAAAGUCAGAGACAAUGACACUUCGGGAUGUGUUUUUGAAGAUGCUUAUGACGACCAGAGGGCUCACGGGAGAGCGAGCUCUGGAGAUACAAAGGAAGUGGAAGACACCACAUGGCUUUAUUAAAGCUUACCAAGAAUGUGGCUCUGGUGAACAGGGCAAGAAACGCAAAAUUGAUCUCGUAUCUGGCGAGCUUGGCCAUUUGGUUGGCAGAAAGAAGUUCACCAAGAGUCUUAGUCAGAAGAUCGCAGAGAUAUGGGGCGAUGUUUGAGAGGAAUAUUUUGAGCCACUACUUUGUGUGCUGCUCGACAAUACGCUGGAUCAUCUUCUCCAGCAAGGGGAUGGAAGCCUGACCAUCGCUUCCACCGAGAAUGCUGAUGAGAGACUUCUCGGCAUACUUAGCCAUCAUAUCAACUUCGAUAUUAACAAGCUCACCAGCCUUCUUUUGGGCCACGACAACCUUAUCCUGGGUAUACACAAUCAUCAUAAUCUCCCACCACCCCUCGGCAUCGUUCACCUGUGUAAUGGUCAAGCUGGUACCGUCGAUGGCAAUGAAGCCCUUGUGGACAAUGUAUUUCAAAAAUUCGGGCUUUUGGGGCUUGAAUCGGAAAGUCAAAGCAUUGCCAUCUGGUUGGACUGAGAGGAUCUCAGCUGUGGUAUCAACAUGUCCUUGAACAAUGUGACCACCCAUGCGAGUAUCAGCGCGAAUAGCACGCUCCAGGUUCACACGGCCAGAUUCAACCAAAGUACCAAGGUUGGUAACUCGCAGUGUUUCUGGGGCUACGCCAACAGUAAACUCGGUGGCUGUGAAGGAGGUGACAGUAAGGCAG